GGGAGUUGAGAGAGAGGUAGAACUCAACUCACAGGCAGGACAGAGAGAGACCCAGUGAAGACCUUUGAAGAAGUGAAGCUACAACUGAAGACAUCAGAAGACUAUCACCAUGGUGACAUUGACCAUCAUUCUGCUUGUCAGCACAGCUUUUGCUCUGGGAGACACCUUUGUUCCCAAAGCUGGUGCGAUACGACCCAAGACCCCAUGUGAGGAUGCUAGAGAUGCCGUGCCACAUGGCAAAGUUGGAGCCUACAUCCCCACGUGUGACGCCGCUGGACAAUACACCCCUGAGCAAUGUUGGGGCUCUACAGGUUACUGUUGGUGUGUGACCAGUUCUGGACAGAAUAUCCCGGGUACUGCGACUCCACCAGGCAUUGGUCCAAUCAUAUGUUCCACCCAGAAUGGUAUGAUACGACCCAAGACUCCCUGUGAGAUUGCUAGAGAAAAUGCUUUGAAAAAAGUCAGGCCUGGAGUCGACGUCCCCACGUGUGACAACGAUGGACAAUACAAACCUGAGCAAUGUUCAGGCUCUACAGGUUACUGUUGGUGUGUGAAUAGUUCUGGACAGAAGAUCCCGGGUACUGAGACUCCACCAGGCACUGCUAGAAUCAACUGUUCCACCAAGUGGAAAUAAGGCCCUGUGGUCUCAUCCAACACCAUCACCACUUUAAACCCCAACACAUCACUACUCUUGAUUCCUACAUUGGCACUGUUUAUGCUUUCUUUACAAGAAUCUCCAAUGAUUUCAGUGUCAUGAUCUAUCUUCUUCCUGUGUCCCUCUGUCACGACAUCUCUUCAUCUCUUCUAAUUUAAUUCUAAUUAUGGCAGCUGUGGUCCUCCAAAGAUAUCAAAAUGAUAUACAGGAGUUCAGCAGAGUCCAGAAUCAGAACCAUGCUACUCUGAGUCUGAAGAAUUGUUCCAGACCACAGAGGGAUGAAAGACCCCUUUACUGAGUCUACAUCAUCACAUUUCACUAAAUCAUUCCCUUGUUUGCUUCAUGCAUUAUAUCAUCCUUUAAAAUAAAGUACAUGCUCUUCAUCUUUA